AUGAAGAAAUAUCAACUGGUGGAAUUAAUACAACGAAAUAAAAGUCUGGACAAAACAUAUAAGGUGGACGAGUUAUUCAAAAGGCAUGGACAUAAUGUCCUUAGAUUUCCACCUUAUAUGUGCGAAUUAAAUCCAAUUGAAUUGGCAUGGGCGAAAGUAAAAAGGAUUAUUCGAGAAAAUAAUACGUCGACACUCACAGCAAUCGAAUUAACAAAUUUGACCGAAAAAGCAAUUAAUGACGUAUCAACAGAAGACUGGGUAGGAUUUUGUAAACACGUUCAGAAAAUUGAAAAGCAAUACGUCGAAAGAGACAACGCUAUGGAAAAUAUAAUGGAGGAAAUUAUGGAUACACGUCCAAUGAACGCUACCAGUUGCACUGAUAGCAGUGAUAGCGAUACCAACAGCAGCAGCAGCAGCAGUGUUCAAGAUUAA